AUGCCAUUUCUGCAAGGUUACGUAUAUCCAGUUGAAGACUUACAACCUUUGCACGAUUUACUAAAAGAGUGGAAUUUGGAAUGUACUUAUCAAACUUUACUUGAUGAACUAAUUGACUUGAAAAUUUUGGCAAUUAUGAAAGUUGACUAUCACACUAAUGAACUUUUGAAAAAUUACCCACUUGGCAUUAAAAUAUUAUUUUCUAAUAACUUAGAAAAGUGGCAAAAUUCAAAAAAAUCAUCUUCUAUGACAUCACUGCUUCCAACUACUUUGGACAAAAAACUUUCUCAAGAAAAACUUUCUUCAGCCAUAUCUAUAAAUCUUGGAGAAAUUUUAAAUGAGUGCUCAACUGGAUUAAUGAUCAAUGACUAUUAUAAGACAAAUCACAAAUUUAAUGACAAUAUAAGAACAUUGUUGGUCGAUACUAUUAUCAAUUAUGUCAUAACUAAGAAAAUAUCCAUGUCUGUUGCCCUCGCUAAUAGUAUUGCUGAUCAAAUUGCUGAUAUAUUUCCAACAGAAGUAAAAGAUUCAUAUUUUUUAAAAUAUGAUACAAACAAAAAUCCAAAGGGUAAGCUGUAUGCUAAAUAUUACAACUCUAUGCGAACUUUGAAAAACAGUGGUCUAAUACCCUCUAGCAAUCAUACAAAACGACCAACCAAUCCAAUUAAUCGCAAACACGAUUUACAUUUUGAACCAGAAAAUGAUGUACAGUAUAUUCUUGAACAAAUUAAACACGAUAAUAAUUGUUCUUUCCCUGACUUAGAAUAUAACUGGAAAGCAACAACACAGUUCCGUUUAAAAAGUAUUCAAACUUCAACCUCUACUCAUGAUAUACUUAACAACUGGAGCAACUAUAAAUUACCUUUAGGAUACAGACUAGUUGACAUAGAUUUUAACACAAUGUAUCCCAGUUGCUCUAAUCUAAUUUCUACGUUUGAAGAAAAAUCAGAAAAAAUCAUAAACUUAUUGGAUGAAAAAAUAAAGGACACUUUAAGCCGACGGUUAUUUGAAAGUUUGAACGAGCCAACUGCAGAUAUAAGCCAAAAUGGGAAGAACACGAUUAUAUUUUAUUUAUUACAUGCAAUCUUUAUACCAACAUCGAUAAAAGUCACAAGGGAUCACACAGGCAAAAAAAAUCAGACAAAAUAUUCAAUCAAAGAUUCACAGAAUAGCUUCAUUGUAUUUAAAAACUCAUUGGUACCUACUCCUAUGAACCCACAAGAAAUUAUUGUAUAUUUUGACUCUAUAAAAUAUAAAGUUUUUUCCAUUUUACAUGCCAUAGAUGUAACAUUUAAAUUGUUUCAUCUAUUUAAUUUAGAAUAUCCACCACAGUCAGUUUUAGUUUGGUUGUUUAUUCAAAAAUUUUUUUUUUCCAUCAAUACUAAGUUUGAUGUUCCAUGCCACACUCUUGGACAAAUAAUGUCAGAUUUAAACAAUUAA